UUUAAAUAUCCAAUGCGUAACUGUAAGUAUUUAACGAUUAAAAGUGGAUUUUAUUUAGAAAAUCAAGGUGUAAAGUGAAAGUUUGUUAAAGGAUCUUAUAAAAAAUAAAAAGAAGAGAUAUUUUUUAAAAAUGGUUGAAGACACAAUUCGUGUAGCUGUGCGUAUUAGACCACUUAUAAAAAGUGAAAUAGAUAAGGGAUGUGAAGAAUGUUUAGAUAUAACACCUGGACAACCACAAAUAAUUAUAAAAAAUACAGAUAGAGCGUUUACAUUUAAUUAUGUUUUUACCCCGGAUGUUAGUCAAGAAAACUUUUAUAACACAGCUAUUAAAGACAUGGUGACAAGUAUCUUUGAUGGUUACAAUGUUACUAUACUUGCAUAUGGACAAACAGGAAGUGGUAAAACACAUUCAAUGGGUACUGAUUAUAAUGGGAUGGAAGAUAUGGGUAUAAUACCUCGAGCUAUGCAUGACAUAUUUAAAAUAGUAGCAUCUAAAGAAGAAUGGAACUUCAGAACGUCUGUGUCCUUUAUGGAACUUUAUCAAGAGCAGUUAUAUGACUUAUUAUCAGAUAAACAACGUACUAACAGUAUUGUAGAUAUUAGAGAAGAUAGUAAAGGGAUAAAAAUUAUUGGUAUUACGGAAAAGGAAGUACAAAGUGCAGAAGAAAGUUUAGAAUGUUUGAUUGAAGGAUCUCAAGGAAGAGUAACAGGUUCUACAGCAAUGAAUGCUCAAAGUAGCAGAAGCCAUGCGAUAUUUACAUUACAUAUUCAACAACAAAAAAAAGAUGAUCCCAAUGUAGCGACAACUGCAAAAUUUCAUUUAGUGGAUUUGGCUGGUUCUGAACGUUCUAAAAAAACACAAGCAACUGGAGAAAGAUUCAAAGAAGGUGUUCACAUAAAUAAAGGUUUAUUGGCAUUGGGAAAUGUUAUUUCCCAAUUAGGAGACAAUGGAAAUAAUUCAUAUGUUGGCUAUCGGGAUAGCAAACUGACAAGAUUGUUACAAGAUUCACUUGGUGGUAAUUCUAUGACUCUUAUGAUAGCUUGUGUCAGUCCAGCAGAUUAUAAUAUGGAUGAAACACUUAGCACUUUAAGGUAUGCUGACCGUGCGCGAAAAAUUAAGAAUAAACCAGUGGUCAAUCAGGAUCCAAGAGUAGCUGAAAUUAAUCGUUUAAAUGAAUUAGUACAAAAAUUGAAACUUGCUCUUUUAAAUCAAGAGUCAGAACGAACAUGCUCGAACGAUUAUCAAGAGCUACAAAAGAAGAAUGAAUCAUUACAACAAAAGAUAAGAGAUUUGACAGAAAAAUUAAACGGCAAUUUAAUUAAAAUGGUUUUUAUGCAUGAAAAGACUGAAUUUGCAGAACAAUUACAUGAUAAAAUUAAAGCUGAGAUGGCUUUAGUAUUAGAAGAUUGUAAAGAAUUAUUAGAUAGUUAUAGAGAAAAUUCUGGACAUGAUGACGAAUAUUGUGUUAAAUUAAAAGCUGUAUAUCAAAAGAUUCUUGACAUUCAAACAAAUGAAAAGAAAACGUCAGAAGAACUUUUUAAUCAUGCAAUGUCCCUGGAAUCGAAAUUACCUGUAACAAAAGAUACUGAAAAUGAUGUAGAUAAUGUAACUAGCGAUGGAGAAUUAUCCAAUUGUUUAGAAGAUUUCGAUAAGAAACACGAAGAGCAUACAUCACUUCAAACAGAGAGAAAUAAUCAAGUUCAAGACAUAAAUAGAGAGCUGGCCAUUAAGGAACAUCUUAUAACUGAACUUUUAAAAAAUUCUUCACACGUUAUUGAAUAUUCUAAAGAAUUGCAAGACAUGGAACAAGAAAUCAAAACGCUUCAAGCUGAAAAGGAUGAACUUUUAAUAGCAUUGCGCAAUGCUCAAACCAGUAAUAUUAGCUCGAAAUUAGCAGAAAGUCGUCGUAAAAAGGUACAAGAGUUAGAAAAAAAGAUCGCGGCAUUGAGUCAACAAUGUUUGGAACAAAGUAAAACGUUAAAGGCAAAAGAGAAAUUACAACAGCAAAUUAAAAAUUUAACAAAUGAAAUUCAAUCUUUAAAACAAGCUCGUGUUAAAUUAGUUAGACAAAUGCGUAGCGAUGCAGAUAGAUUCGCAGAAUGGAAACGAGUUAGGGAAAAAGAACUUCACAAGUUAAAGGAACAAGAUCGAAAACGAGCUAAUCAAAUGGCAAAAUUAGAAAUGCAACAUAAUAAACAACAAAACGUAUUAAAGAGAAAAAUGGAAGAAGCUCAUGCAGCUAAUAAAAGAUUAAAGCAAGCACUUGAAGUACAAAAGAAAGCAAUUCAAAGAAAGGAGCAAAAGUUUAAUAACAAAAAUGAUAUUCAAUCAUGGGUGAGACAAGAACUUAAUAUAUUAUCAAGUACUGUUGAUGCAGAAAAUUCACUUCAAAAAUUAAUAAGUGCCAGAGAAUAUUUAAAAUGUCAAUUAGAAGAACUUCAAACUGAUCCGAAUGUAGAUGAGGCAGAACUAGUAGAACUUACUGAAUUUUUAACUUUGCGUAAUACACAAAUACAAGAUUUACAACAAAAAAUUAACGAAGCAAAUGAAGAAAAUAGAGCAAGUAUAAAAAUGAAUACAAUACAAACUUUUACUGAUGCAAAAAUUGCCAUUAAAUAUCUUUUCGACGUCACUGUAGAAGAUAGGAAAAAGCUUAUGGAAAAAUAUACGAUUUUGCAAAACAAUUUGGAUGAAUGUCGUCAAAGAGAAGAAAGACUGAAACAAGAGAUAGAAACUUAUAAAGAUCAAUUAAAUCAAUCUAAGAAAAAGGUUCUAAAAGAGAAUAAUUUCAUGAAAGACAAUGAGUUUUCAAUUAUGAAUACACCAAAAAUACAAAAGUUAUCUUCACAAUAUUUUGAGAACUCCUUUGGAUCAGAUGAUAGUUUCGUUGAAGAUGACAUAGAAAAAGAUCCAGAUUGGACUCAAACUCCACUUUAUAAUAGAAUACGAAAGCUUUUGGAUACAACAAAAAAUACUAGGCUAUCUAUAAAAUGUCAAUCCGAUGGAGAAGUGAAAUGCGCUUGUAAAACAAAGUGCAUCACUCGCCUCUGUUCGUGUCGCAAAAAUAAUCGUAUAUGUAAUAAUUGUCAAUGUAAUCCGGACUUCUGUCAAAAUAAUGAUAUAAACAAACUGAACCAUUCAUAUUUCCGAGACUAUGCAGAAGAGGAUCAAGAUGAAAAUUUAAUAAAGAAACCAAGAUUAAUUAAAUAACUGUCAGGUAACAGUUUUUUUUUAAAUCUUUCUAAAUAUAUUUUCAUCUCAAUAAUAAUAGUUGCACUAUCCAUAACUAGUUGAUAAAUUACAUUGUUUAUAUUGUAUAUAUUGUUCUUAUUUAUUAACAGAUUGUAUAUAUCGUUUCUAUAUCACAUAUGUUGAUUUUUUUAAUCACAUUGUUCAUAUUGUUUUUAA